GUCAAGGUGCGGAAGCGGUCGCCUGCCGGGCUGCUGCGGCCCAAGAAGGGGCUGGGGGAGCCAAGUCCUGCCCUGGCUGCGCCCGGCACCCGGGGCCCCGGCAGCCCCGACAAGGCCAAGCUGGCGGCCGAGAAGGGGCGCAAAGCCCGCAAGCCGCGGGGCCCCAAGGAGCCUGGCCUGGAGGCGGGGCCCGAGGCCAGCGACGACGACCUGUGGACGCGGCGGCGCAGCGAGCGCAUCUUCUUGCACGACGCCUCGGCCGUGCCCGCGCCCAGCAGCGUUGCGCCCGCUGCCACCAAGCCUGGCCGCUGCGGCAAGGCCGGCCCUCCCAGUCCGCGCAAGGACGCCGGCCGCGCGAAGGACAGGAAGGACCCCAGGAAGAAGAAGAAGGGGAAGGAGGCCGGAUCAGGAGCCUCGCUGCCCCCUCCCCGUGUUCCUGCCCUGCCCCCCGAGGCCCGGGCCCCUCACACCAGCUCUCCAGCCGCUGCCAAGAGGAACAAGGCCAAAGCCAAAGGGAAGGAGGUGAAGAAGGAGAACCGGGGGAAGGGGGGAGCCGUGAGCAAGCUGAUGGAGAGCAUGGCUGCCGAGGAGGACUUUGAGCCCAACCAGGACUCGAGCUUCUCUGAGGAUGAGCACCUGCCACGAGGCGGGGCUGUGGAGAGGCCACUAACUCCCGCUCCUCGCUCCUGCGUCAUCGACAAGGACGAGCUGAAGGACGGCCUGCGCGUGCUCAUCCCCAUGGACGACAAGCUGCUGUACGCGGGGCACGUGCAGACGGUGCACUCGCCGGACAUAUACCGUGUGGUGGUGGAGGGCGAACGCGGGAACCGGCCCCACAUCUACUGUCUGGAGCAGCUGCUGCAGGAGGCGAUCAUCGAUGUGAGGCCGGCCUCCACUCGCUUCUUGCCGCAAGGGACCAGGAUCGCAGCCUACUGGAGCCAGCAGUACCGCUGCCUCUACCCGGGCACCGUGGUCCGAGGCUUGCUGGGCCUCGAGGACGACGGGGACCUGAUCACCGUGGAGUUCGAUGACGGAGACACAGGCAGGAUCCCCCUCUCGCACAUCCGCCUCCUGCCCCCCGACUACAAGAUCCAGUGUGCUGAGCCGUCCCCCGCCCUCCUGGUGCCGAGCGCCAAGCGCCGCAGCCGGAAGACCAGCAAAGACACCGGGGAGAGCAAAGACGGGGCCGCGCCAGGGUCCGAGGAGCCCGGCGCCAAGGCCCGGGGGCGCGGGCGGAAGCCCAGCACCAAAGCCCGGAGCGACAGAGCUGCUGUCCUGGAGGAGGGGGGCUCGACAGAUGAGGUCCCCAGUACCCCGUUGGCCCUGGAGCCCAUCAGCACCCCAGGUUCCAAGAAGAGCCCCCCAGAAUCCGUGGACAAGCGGGCCAAGGCCCCCAAGGCUCGCCCAGCUCCCCAACAGCCCAGCCCAGCGCCGUCUGCCUUCACCAGCUGCCCGGCCCCCGAGCCCUUCGGGGAGCUGCCGGCCCCCGCCACGGCCCUGGCCGCCAUGCCCAUCACCAUGCCCGCCACCCGGCCCAAGCCCAAGAAGGCCCGGGCUGCCGAGGAGCCGGCCACUAAGGGCGCCCGGAGGCCCGGGGAAGAGGCCGAGCUGCUCGUCAAGCUGGACCGUGAGGGCGUGACGUCGCCCAAAAGCAAGAAGGCCAAAGAGGCCCUGCUUCUGCGGGAGGACCCUGGGGCGGGGGGCUGGCAGGAGCCCAAGGGCCUGCUGGGCCUGGGCAGCUACCCCCCGGGGGCCGGCGGCAGCGAGCCCAAGGCGGCCCGGCCCAAGGCCGGGGAUGGCGACCUGGCCCAGGAGCCUGGGGCCGCGCUCACGUUCGAGGGCUCGGGGAGCCCCAAGAGCCCGGACAAGGGCCAGGCCGAGCAGGACGGGGCCGAGGAGUCGGAGAGCGGCGGCGGCAGCAGCGGCGGCAGCAGCAGCGACAGCGGCAGCAGCAGUUCUGAGACGGAGGGAGAGGAGGACGGCCAGGGCGGCGGCGGCCGGAACUGCAGCGCCUCCAGCUCGAGGGCCUCCUCGUCGUCCUCGUCCUCGUCCUCGUCGUCCUCGUCGUCCUCCUCAUCCUCGUCGUCCUCGUCCUCCUCGUCGUCCUCGUCCUCGUCCUCCUCCUCGUCCUCGUCCUCCUCGUCCUCGUCCUCGUCCUCCUCGUCCUCGUCCUCCUCGUCCUCGUCCUCCUCGUCCUCCACCACGGACGAGUCUUCCUGUAGCUCAGACGACGAGGCCGCCCCUGCCCCGGCAGCCGGGCCCUCUGCCCCGCCGGCCCUCGCCAGCAAGGCGCCCAAGCAGGCGGGCAAGGCCCGCUCCUCGGCCCACUCUCCAGGCAAGAAGGCGCCGGCGCCCGCGCCCCAGGCCCCCCCGCCGCAGCCCCCGCAGCCUGUGCAGCCCAAGGCCCAGGCCGGGGCCAAGAGCCGGCCCAAGAAGAGGGAGGGCGUCCACCUCCCCACCACCAAGGAGCUGGCCAAGCGGCAGCGCCUGCCGUCUGUGGAGAACCGGCCCAAGAUCGCCGCCUUCCUGCCUGCCCGGCAGCUCUGGAAGUGGUUCGGCAAGCCCACCCAGCGCCGCGGCAUGAAGGGCAAGGCCCGCAAGCUCUUCUACAAGGCCAUCGUGCGCGGCAAGGAGAUGAUCCGCAUCGGGGACUGCGCCGUCUUCCUGUCAGCCGGCCGCCCCAACCUGCCCUACAUCGGCCGCAUCCAGAGCAUGUGGGAGUCGUGGGGCAGCAACAUGGUGGUCCGCGUCAAGUGGUUCUACCACCCCGAGGAGACCAGCCCGGGCAAGCGCCUCCACGAGGGCCAGCACUGGGACCAGAAGUCGGGCCGCAGCCUCCCUGCAGCCCUGCGGGCCUCCAGCCAGAGGAAGGACUUCAUGGAGCGCGCCCUGUACCAGUCCUCCCACGUGGACGAGAACGACGUGCAGACGGUGUCGCACAAGUGCCUGGUGGUGGGCCUGGAGCAGUACGAGCAGAUGCUCAAGACCAAGAAGUACCAGGACAGCGAGGGCCUGUACUACCUGGCGGGCACCUACGAGCCCACCACAGGCAUGAUCUUCUCCACCGACGGCGUGCCUGUGCUCUGCUGAGCGCCCGGCCCGCAGGGCCCUCGCCAUCACCGCCACGGCUCGGCGGCCUCGUGCGUUCGUUGUGUGCAUGCCGGUGUGCCCGCGGACGGCCUGGCGCGUAAGUGUACAUGCGUGUGCCCGUAUGCAUGCACGUGUGCGCGCACGUGUGCACACGUCCAGACCCCCGUCCUGACCCCUCGGUGCCCCCCCGAGAGGGCUCCUCGUGAUCAAGGUAGGGCUCUGCCGGCCCCUCAGGGGUCCCGGGCCUCAGCGCCCCCGUAAGCGCUCGGCCAGGUCCAGGUGCCCUCAGGCUGGUGCCAACUGGGGAUUCGGUGGGGGGGGGGGGGUGUUUCCGAG